AUCGUCUAAUGCAAUUCAGUUUGUUACGUUCGACAACGUCGUGAAGUCGCCUCUGCGCUCUGAACAUGCCGCUUCAAUUGGAACUGAUCGGCCUUCAGCAGCUGGAAAACUACCAGCAGCAUUACAUCCAACAAUGGCCGAAAUAUGUCGCUGAAUUUUAUUGUCUAGAUAAUUUUAUAAGGUUCUUUAGAGUCGAUCCACAGAUAGAGAAUAUUACAGUCUACACUCUGUCCGAGCAGAAGGCCAAAGACGCAGCGCUCUUUGUUAUCGUGGAUCGUUAUCAACUGUUUGUGGGUUGCUUAGAUAGUGGCAAAGAGCUGCUAAGGCAGGCGCUGGACUUACUUGAUUGGUCAACUGGAUUCAAAUGCAGUUCCAUACCCUUUCGGCACAUAGAAGCACUCGAGCAAGUGGUAAAGGCCAAACAGCUGAAGCUGCGGUACAGCGAUCUGACGAACCUGUACUACAUGCCACAAAAGGAGGCCACAAAGCUCGAGAUUGACACACCUGCUGGUUUCUAUAUGAAGAGUCUCAGCGAGCAGGAUGCAAAUCUGAUUAAUGACGAGUGGCCCAAUCGGCAUGAAGGUUCCUUGUACUUCAUAAAGCGACAAAUACGUCUCUGUGCAAAUGUUGGUUUAUAUGAGGCAAGUACUCAGGAGCUGGUUGCCUGGUGCAUUAGAUUACAAGGCGGCUUCUUGGGCGCUCUGCAGGUAAGAGCAACGCACACACGACGUGGCUUUGGCAGUCUGGUCACCAAGAAACUCUCUCAGCGCAUUGCUGUCGGCGGUCAGGAUGUGAUGGCCCUGGUGAAUCCCGAUAAUCGAGCGUCAAAUGAGAUGUUCAGUAAGCUGGGCUUCCAAGUAAUCGAUCAAUGUCUUUGGCUGAGAACUGAGCCCGUGUCUGGGGAGCUUAUGUGGCCGGACGGGCAGUAAAUGCCCGCAC